AUGCAUCCUCUAAAAUGGGUAUGGAGUAAAUUUGAAUAUGGGACUGUUUUCUCCGAAAUGGACCCUUCUGGACUUGUUCCAAAGUUGCGACAACCUCAGGUCCUUCAAGCAAAUCCAUGCACACUUAAUUGUAUCCAGCAUGAUCCGCGAUGAGUUCAUAGUGAGCAAAGUCGUCGAGUUUUUCGGAAAAUAUUCCGACUUAGUUGAUUAUGCAUGUGGGUUUUUCAAUCAAAUUGAUUGUUGUAUGAGCUCGUUCCCUUACAAUACGCUAAUAUCUGUUUAUGCCGGCAGCAAUGCGCCAGCAGCUGCGAUUUUGGCUUACAAACGGUUGGUAAGUGAUGGGUUUUUGCCCGACGCUUACACUUUCCCUGUUUUGUUCAAAUCGUUGGCUAAGUUUUUGGGAAUCACAGAGGGUAGACAGGUUCAUGGGGUUAUUGCUAAGAUGGGUUUCUCGCGUGAGUUGUAUGUGCACAAUUCGCUUCUCCAUUUCUAUGGUGUUUGUGGGGAAUGUUCUGAUGCUUGUAGGGUGUUUGAUGAAAUGCUCGUGAGAGAUGUGGUCUCUUGGACUGGUUUGAUGUCGGGUUUUGUCAGGGCAGGUUUGUUUAAUCAGGCCGUGAAUCUGUUUUUGAAGAUGGAUGUGGAGCCAAAUAAAGCUACGUUUGUUAGCUUGCUUGUAGCUUGUGGGCGGCUGGGAAAUUUGGGCAUAGGGAAGGUGGUUCAUGGGUUGAUUUUUAAGCGUGCAUUUGGGGCAAGUUUGGUAUUAGGCAAUGCUCUUCUAGAUAUGUAUGUGAAGUGUGAGUGCUUGGGGGAGGCAAAGCAGCUCUUUCAUGAGUUACCUGAAAGAGAUAUUGUUUCUUGGACUAGUGUAAUAAGUGGAUUGGUGCAAUGUAAACGACCCAAGGAGUCAUUGGAGAUAUUCAAUGCAAUGCUAAUUUCUGGUGUGGAGCCUGAUAGGAUCAUACUUACUAGCGUGCUUUCGGCUUGUGCAAGCCUGGGGGCUCUUGAUUGUGGGAGAUGGGUCCAAGAGUACAUUGACCACAAGGGCAUCAAAUGUGACACACAUAUUGGAACUUCCAUGGUUGACAUGUAUGCGAAAUGUGGUUGCAUAGAAACUGCAUUGCUUACUUUUAAUGGAAUGCCAAGACGGAAUAUCUUUACGUGGAAUGCAUUACUUGGUGGUCUAGCAAUGCAUGGACUUGGCCAUGAGGCACUCAGACAUUUUGAUCUAAUGGUUAGAAUGGGAACAAUGCCCAAUGAAGUGACAUUUCUAGUAAUUUUAACUGCUUGCUGCCAUUCUGGAUUAGUUGACGAAGGCUGUAGGUUUUUCUAUCAGAUGGAAAGAUGUUAUAGUCUUUCUCCAAGGUUAGAACAUUAUGGAUGCAUGGUUGAUCUGCUUUGUAGGGCUGAACUAUUGGAUGAAGCUCUAGAGCUCAUUGGGACUAUGCCCAUGCCACCUGAUGUGCUUAUAUGGGGAGCUAUUCUUAGUGCUUGCAAGGCGAAGGGAUAUGUUGAAUUCUCCCCUGAAAUAUUGGAUGGCCUUGUCAAACUUGAGGCACAAGAUAGUGGGGUUUAUGUGCUUCUGUCCAACAUAUAUGCUUCUAAUGAAAGAUGGAAUGAUGUAAAACAGGUGAGGAGAUUGAUGAAUGAUAAAGGUAUAAGAAAGGUCCCUGGUUCAAGUGUUAUAGAGUUGAACGGUAAGGCUCAUGAGUUUAUAGUUGGAGCUACCAGCCACUCUCAAAAUGAGGAUAUUCAUGUACUGUUAAAUAUUCUUGCUAAUCAAGUCUGUCUUGAAGGAAAUUUUUCAGACCCAUUCUUGAUAACGUAGUUUAAUUUUGUGACCUACUAGAAGAUUUUUUAAAAAAAAAUCUUUGAUGUGACACUAGCACAUCUAUGCCAUAUUAUUUCUGCUUUCAAA